AUGGAGGUGAGGAAGAGAAAGAACAAACGGGGGCAAAGAAGCUUGUUGGGAAGCUUGUCGGAUGAUAGCGCUGCAGCAGCCGCGAGUAGUAUGGAAGACAGUCAAUCGGACAUUGAUAAAUAUUUGUUCAUAUCUAAAAUCUCAAGGACAAUGGGAAUAUCUAAGGACUCGAUAAUGCAGGCUUUUAUCCAACGAUACAAUGGGAGGGAGAUUGAAAAUGUAAAGGGGGCUGCAGGAGUAUUUGGUAUUGGUACCAUGUCAGUAUUCAAAACUCCUGACCCGCCUAACCCAACCGUUCGUCGAACAGCCGCAUGUAGGCAACACAAAAGAAGAUGA